AUGCUUCUGAAGGGAGAAGUCGAAAAAGUAUCAGCAACAUACCAAGGCCGAUACAGAUCCAUGAGGAGAAGAUUGAGACACAUCUCCCUGCCUUAUGGAGAUAAAGUAAGCAGUGAGAGACGGACCCCCCAUCAACUAACCGAAGAGAAGCUAGCUAACAGGAGGCAACAGGACGGAUGA